GCAGCUCUCCGCCACCGCGUCGCUCCCCUCCCGCGGGGCGUCGGCGAGGAGGGGCGGAGGAGGCGGAGGAGGAGGGAGGACGGGGACUGACAUACACACACAUCCCCUCCACAAACACACACACGGGGUUGUGGGGGGAUGAAGCGGCGGGUUUAGCGGCAUCCGCCCCCGGGGGCGGGCGGAGCUCUGUGCCGCCCGUCGGUGCGUGCCAGCGCCCAUGAAGCGCUGCCGUGGCGCGGCACAGCCGCUGCCGGUGCCGGCGCGCUGAGUGCCCGCGAAGGCUGCCCUGCGGCGGUGGGCCGCAAGCUCCCGGCCACCAUGCAGAAGAGUGUGCGGUACAACGAGGGGCACGCCCUAUACCUGGCCUUGUUGGCCCGCAAGGAAGGCACCAAGAGGGGUUACCUGAGCAAGAAGACGGCAGAGACCAACCGCUGGCACGAGAAGUGGUUCGCCCUCUACCAAAACGUGCUUUUCUACUUCGAGGGCGAGCAGAGCGCCCGGCCCGCUGGCAUGUACAUGCUUGAGGGUUGCAACUGCGAGAGGGUACCGGCUCCCAAAGGCUGCGCCGCCGGCAGCGCCAAGGAUGCUGCUCUGGACAAGCAGCAUUACUUCACUGUUCUUUUUGGCCAUGAAGGGCAAAAGCCACUGGAGCUCCGUUGUGAGGAUGAAGCUGAUGGAGAUGAAUGGGUAGAAGCUAUUCACCAAGCUAGUUAUUCAGAUAUUCUCAUUGAAAGGGAGGUGUUAAUGCAGAAGUACAUUCAUCUUGUCCAGAUUGUGGAGACUGAAAAGAUUGCAGCCAAUCAGCUUCGACAUCAGCUUGAGGAUCAAGACACAGAAAUUGAAAGACUUAAAUCUGAGAUUGUAGCUCUCAAUAAAACAAAAGAAAGAAUGCGACCUUACCAAGGCAACCAGGAAGAUGAGGAUCCAGAUAUUAAAAAGAUUAAAAAGGUUCAGAGCUUUAUGCGGGGCUGGUUAUGUAGAAGAAAAUGGAAGACUAUUGUCCAAGAUUAUAUCUGUUCUCCCCAUGCAGAAAGUAUGAGAAAAAGGAAUCAGAUAGUUUUUAAUAUGGUGGAGGCUGAAUCUGAAUAUGUGCAUCAACUUUAUGUUCUCGUGAACUGCUUUCUGCGGCCCUUAAGGAUGGCUGCAAGUUCAAAGAAGCCACCUAUCAGUCAUGAUGAUGUUAGUAGCAUUUUCCUCAACAGUGAAACAAUCAUGUUUCUUCAUGAGAUAUUUCAUCAAGGCUUAAAAGCAAGAAUAGCUAAUUGGCCUACUUUAAUCCUGGCUGACUUAUUUGACAUUCUGCUGCCAAUGCUGAACAUAUAUCAAGAAUUUGUUCGGAAUCAUCAGUAUAGUCUGCAAGUACUGGCAAACUGUAAACAAAACAGAGAUUUUGACAAACUGUUGAAGCAAUACGAAGCCAACCCAGCAUGUGAGGGGCGAAUGCUGGAAACUUUCCUUACUUACCCCAUGUUUCAGAUUCCUAGAUAUAUUAUAACACUUCAUGAACUUCUGGCUCACACACCACAUGAACAUGUAGAGCGGAAAAGCCUGGAAUUUGCUAAAUCUAAACUAGAAGAACUUUCACGGGUGAUGCAUGAUGAAGUGAGUGACACUGAAAACAUCAGGAAGAAUCUGGCCAUAGAGAGAACAAUAGUAGAAGGCUGUGAUAUAUUGCUUGAUACCAGCCAAACUUUCAUACGCCAAGGUUCCCUUAUUCAAGUCCCUUCAGUUGAGAGAGGAAAGCUUAGUAAAGUACGCCUGGGAUCAUUAUCUUUGAAGAAGGAAGGAGAAAGGCAGUGCUUCUUAUUUACAAAACAUUUUUUAAUUUGUACACGAAGCUCAGGAGGAAAAUUGCAUCUUCUCAAGACAGGAGGUGUUCUGUCUUUAAUAGAGUGCACACUGAUCGAGGAGACCGACACGAGUGAUGAUGAUUCAAAAGGUUCUGGACAAGUAUUUGGACACCUUGAUUUCAAGCUUGUAGUUGAACCUGCGGAUGCUCCUCCUUUUACUGUUGUUCUUUUAGCCCCAUCACGACAAGAGAAAGCUGCAUGGACAAGUGAUAUAAGUCAGUGCAUUGAUAAUAUAAGGUGCAAUGGCUUAAUGACCAUAGUGUUUGAGGAAAACUCUAAAGUCACAGUGCCACAUAUGAUCAAAUCUGAUGCUCGUCUGCACAGAGAUGACAUUGAUAUCUGCUUCAGCAAAACACUGAAUUCCUGCAAGGUACCCCAAAUCCGUUACGCAAGCGUUGAGCGCCUUUUGGAGCGGCUAACUGACUUGAGAUUUCUAAGUAUCGAUUUCCUCAACACUUUCCUGCAUACUUACCGCAUAUUUACUACUGCAGCUGUUGUACUGGAAAAACUUUCAGACAUAUACCGACGGCCCUUCACUUCCAUUCCUGUCAGAUCUUUGGAAUUAUUCUUUGCUACCAGUCAAAACAACAGAGGAGAGUAUCUGGCUGAUGGGAAGUCGCCACAUCUCUGUCGCAAGUUUUCUUCUCCUCCUCCAUUAUCACUCUCCAGAACUUCCUCACCUGUCAGAACCCGGAAACUCUCAUUGACUUCACCACUCAAUUCAAGGAUUGGUGCCCUUGACCUUUCUACUUCAUCUGUGGCAAGCAGUCCUACCUCGAACUACAGCCCUGCCACCUCGCCACCCCCAACAGGUAGCAAAGUACCACUGGACCUUAGCAAAGGGCCCUCAUCACCUGAGCAAAGCCCUGGCUCCAUCGAGGACAGCUUGGAGAACCCUCGCAUUGACCUCUGCAACAAGCUGAGGAGAAGCAUUCGAAGAGCAGUUUUAGAAUCUGUGUCAGUGGACCGGACAAUUCCUGAAAGCACAUCCGCAGUGGAUACUACAGAGCUUUCCCCGUGUAGAUCCCCUUCAACACCACGUCAUCUUCGCUAUCGUCAACCAGGAGUACAAACUGCUGACAACAGCCACUGCUCAGUUUCACCUGCUUCUGCCUUUGCUAUUGCUACAGCUGCUGCAGGGCAUGGGAGCCCACCAGGAUUUAACAAUUCUGAACGCAUGUGUGACAAAGAGUUUAUCAUACGCAGAGCAGCCACGAAUCGUGUCCUAAAUGUCUUGCGCCACUGGGUCUCCAAGCAUUCUCAGGAUUUUGAGCUAAACAAUGAGCUGAAAAUGAAUGUGUUAAAUUUGCUUGAAGAAGUUUUGAGAGACCCUGACCUUCUGCCGCAAGAAAGGAAAGCUACAGCAAAUAUACUGAGGGCUCUUUCUCAGGAUGAUCAAGAUGAUACCCAUUUAAAAAUAGAAGAUAUAAUUCAGAUGUCAGAUUGUCCAAAACCAGAAUGCUUUGAGACUUUGUCAGCCAUGGAGCUUGCAGAGCAAAUAACUCUUUUAGAUCAUGUAGUUUUCCGAAGCAUACCCUAUGAAGAGUUUCUUGGGCAGGGCUGGAUGAAAGUGGAUAAAAAUGAGAGAACACCAUAUAUUAUGAAAACUAGCCAACAUUUUAAUGAUAUGAGUAACCUCGUUGCCUCCCAAAUCAUGAACUACGCUGAUGUCAGCUCCCGGGCUAACUCCAUUGAAAAGUGGGUAGCAGUAGCUGAUAUUUGUCGAUGCAUGCACAAUUAUAAUGGUGUGUUAGAAAUCACCUCAGCCUUGAACAGAAGUGCAAUCUACAGGCUUAAGAAAACUUGGGGUAAAGUAUCCAAACAGACAAAAGCUCUCAUGGACAAGCUUCAGAAGACUAUAUCAUCCGAAGGAAGAUUUAAGAACCUCAGAGAAACACUCAAGAAUUGUAACCCACCAGCUGUUCCCUACCUUGGAAUGUACCUGACAGACCUGGCAUUUAUUGAAGAAGGAACACCAAACUUCACUGAGGAAGGCCUUGUUAAUUUUUCCAAAAUGAGAAUGAUCUCACAUAUCAUCAGGGAAAUACGCCAGUUCCAGCAGACCUCCUACCGCAUAGAGCAUCAGCAGAAGGUCACUCACUAUUUACUUGACAAGACACUCAUCAUAGAUGAAGAUACCUUGUAUGAACUUUCCCUAAAGAUUGAGCCCAGACUCCCUGCCUGAAAAGCCAGCUUUGCCUCAGAGUCUACAGAAAGCUUUAGUACAAUGAACAGAAUCAUGCAUGCCAAGUCCUAAAGACAGCAAGGGAAACUGAGAAGAAUGCAAGAUCUCUUUUCUAGUAAGAGAUACAGAGCCUCACAGCAUUUCCCUUUCAGGCAAUGAAAACAAGCAUUGGAGGUGGAAGACGAAGAUUAUUCCUACCUGGAUUAUGUGAUUGCUGCUUUGCAAAGACAAUAUUUUGCAGUAGGGACUAUGCAUUUCAUGGACAAUAGGAGACCUUCCUGUGAAUGGAUACUCAUUGUAGCCACUUCAUGUGACAGCUAAAGGGGACAGAUUUAACUGAUGGUAAUAUACUCAGGUAUAUUAAGAUAAAUAAGCAAAAUGAGAUGACUGUCGUGUGGUCUGGGUUGAUGGCUAACUUAGGUGUUCAGUGAGGCAGUAAUGGUAGUGUUGUCCUCAUAAUGGUGUUAAUUUCAUUG